ACCGGCGAGGCGAGCAUGCCUGCUUACCUGGCGGUCAGUCGGCUGCAAGUUUGCGCGGCGCAAGGUGCAAGCAUGGGCCUGCCGGACAUAGAGACCAUACCCGAGACUGGGGCGGUGUUCACGAUCGGCCGUAGCAGAUUCGCGGACAACAUUGCGUCGCAUUUCUUCAUACGCAAGGAUCCGGUUGUCGUCAUUGAAUGUGGAGAUGAGCACUCUGCCGUUGUUUGUCAAACCGGCAGACUCUUUGUUUUUGGCAGUAACGAUUGGGGUCAACUGGGUCUGGGUCACAAAAACCAUAUUAGCAAACCAUCGUGUGUAAAAAUUCUGAAACCGGAAAAAGUCACGCAUGUGGCAUGUGGGAGAGCGCACACCUUGAUAUGUACAGGAGCUCAGAAAAUUUUCGCGUGCGGCAGCAAUCAAGAAGGUCAACUGGGUCGGGAAAAUUCCGCGAUAGGUGACAGCUCCAGUUCUCCAAUCUUGGUCUACGAUUGUGGUCUCGCUGGGCCCCGGAUCGUCCAACUUGCAGCGGGAUCGCAUCAUUCGAUGGUUCUGACAAGCGACGGCGGAGUUGUCGCCUGGGGAAGCAAUCUGGAAGGACAAUUAGGAUUGCCAGGGAUUUCAGGUUUGGUUAACAAGCCUACGAAGGUCCCCAUUCCCGAACCGGUGAAGGAAAUCAGCGCGGGAUAUUAUCAUUCAGUUUUCUUGACUGAAAGCGGACUCAUUUAUGUCUGCGGCGAGUCGGAAAGUGGUAAACUCGGAAUCAACAUCAACUUUUCUACGCAAGUUGCACCGAAGCAGAUGCAAUUACCGGCGACGGCACUUCACGUCGCAUGCGGGGGUCAUCACACACUCAUACUAGCAGAAAAUGGCAAUAUUUACUGCUCCGGCAGUAAUGCCAGCGGGCAACUCGGUAUGGGCACAAAUGUUAACGAGACACACACGCCAAAACUUCUUUCACGCGGGGCUCUUCAAGACGAGAAGAUCGUCAAGAUUGCUUGCGGUGAAAGUCACAGCGCUAUACUUACUGAGUCCGGCAAGCUCUUUACCUGUGGCGACGGCCGACACGGAAAGUUGGGUCUCGAAGAGAACGAAAAUAACGUUCACGAAGUAACAUUCGCUGCCAAAUAUCAGGAGCUCUUCGUUUCAGAUGUUGCUUGCGGAGGAUGUCAUACAAUAUUAAUUGGUCGAAGACAUGAGAUAGAUUAUCAAUCACGACGGCAAUCGGACUCGAUGGAGCAGAAAAAUAGUUCUCUACCUCCUUUAAAGCUUCCUAUAAAUAUGCAAAAUGAACAUCGAGUGGGCAACACGGAGAAAUCGACAGAUGAAAAGGAUGAUUUACACCAUCCAGAUCAAAAUAGUGAAACAUCUGAUAUUAAUGAUACUCAAAUAAAUGCUUCGAAAGAUUUAUCAAAAGAAAAUAUUGUAAAUAACAAAGAAAUGUUAUCUUCAGCGAAUGACGAAAAAGUCGCGAAUGUAUCUUCAGAAAUUACUCCAGAAAGCUCGCAAGAAAAAGAUCAUCUCGAUGAUGAAGGCCAUGAGAAUAAAAAUAUUGAAAGCAACGAAAGUAAAGAUAUUAGUGAAAAUAAUGAAAAACAAGAAAAUAAUAAAAAUAUGGAAAUGGCAGCAACAGUAACACAAGACGUAGAGGAAUUAUGUACAAAAACAGAAAUCUCGAGAAUACAGGAGGAAAAGGGACAGAAAAUGACGACGAACCCUACACCACCGCCGAAACCACCGAGAUUAAAAUCUGGAAGUGUUGAAGAUACGAACGGAAAAGAAUCUUCAAAGGAGAACGAAGAAGAUGAAAAAGAAAAAGAUGACAAAGAGAUGAAGACCAGCAACGAACAAAAUUCAAGUGCAAAAUCAGCUAGAAAAUCGACAUCAGCAAUUUCGAGGGAAACCAUAGAAGCUAUCGAGAAUUCCAUAGAAAAAGUCGAAGAAGAUGAACACGUUGACAAACCGGAGAAAGCGGAAACAGACGGCAUGCAGGACGAUGCUGACGUAGUGCAAUCUCCGCCGCCGCGAACAGCUAAGAUGGCAAAGCUGUUUAAAGGAAAACGGCAAGAAGUGCAGAAUGGAACUAAGAAUACAAGCAGCGCAGCGAAUCCGAAAGCUAAGUCGAAAACGUGCACAAUCCUGUGAUCGAAGAAACUUCGAAGAGACAUUACAAUUCAUUAUAUUUUUAUAAAAAAAAACUUACGAUAGGUUCGUCGCUGGGACCAAAACAUAAUGGAACCGGAAAUUUCCGAUAAUCUAUAUCAAGACGCAAACAAGUCUUUAUCGACCGAUGGAUUUACAUAGAAUUAGCAUAGGUCGUAUAGGUAUUGCGUCAAUUUCUUUUAUUUAUGUCGACGAAAAACUUGAAUAAAAAACACCGAUUACAUUAAUAACGUUCUUGGGCAAUGUAAAUAUAUAAUUCACGCAUAAGAAUUAAUUGAUUCCAUUAUAAUAAGAAAGACGCAUAAAUUUACAUGCUGUAUAAUAGCAUAUAAAGUAACGUAGAUAACUGAUGCUGUACAGUGAUAUCUGGAUAAACAUAUUUUAUUAAAAUCCAAUUACAAAAUUC